CCUCCAGGCUGGCGGAUGAGUCAGCUGACGCCGGCGCUCCAGCCUCGCCUCGCGGCGCUGCGCUCCCCGCGCUCCCCCGAAGUGGCUGCGAGCCGGCCGCCCACUUUCGGGGCUUGGGGGACCGAGUGAUGCGCGCCUGCUGAGGCCACGCCGAGCCGCCGCCGCCGCAGCUCCGCCGGGUCAACUUUCCCCCCGCCCCCCCCCCCCCCCACGCCGCCUCCCGACCCGGCCCUUGACCCGCCCCAGAGCCACCUCGGGUGCGCGCGCUUGGGUGAGGGGGUCGCCGGCUGCCCGGGAUGGCUUCCAAUUUUAAUGACAUAGUGAAGCAAGGGUACGUGAGGAUCCGGAGCAGACGCCUGGGGAUAUAUCAGCGAUGCUGGCUAGUAUUCAAGAAAGCUUCAAGCAAAGGUCCAAAAAGACUGGAGAAAUUUUCUGAUGAACGUGCUGCAUAUUUUAGGUGUUACCAUAAGGUGACAGAGCUCAACAAUGUGAAGAACGUAGCCCGGUUGCCAAAGAGCACCAAGAAGCACGCCAUAGGAAUCUAUUUCAAUGACGACACCUCCAAGACCUUUGCUUGUGAAUCAGAUCUGGAGGCCGAUGAAUGGUGCAAACUGCUCCAGAUGGAGUGUGUGGGCGCACGGAUCAAUGACAUCAGCCUCGGAGAGCCUGACUUACUGGCUACUGGGGUUGAGAGAGAACAGAGUGAGAGAUUCAAUGUGUAUUUGAUGCCAUCCCCUAACUUAGAUGUACAUGGCGAAUGUGCCUUGCAGAUUACAUAUGAGCACAUCUGUCUUUGGGACGUCCAGAAUCCCAGAGUCAAACUCAUCUCUUGGCCGCUAAGUGCCCUGCGGCGGUACGGGCGAGAUGCUGCUUGGUUCACUUUUGAGGCAGGGAGGAUGUGUGAAACUGGGGAAGGGCUGUUUAUCUUUCAAACGCGAGAUGGGGAGGCCAUCUACCAGAAAGUCCACUCUGCUGCCUUGGCGAUAGCUGAACAGCACGAGCGCUUGCUACAGAGCGUGAAAAAUUCAAUGCUCCAGAUGAAGAUGAGCCAGCGGGCUGCCUCGCUGAGCACCAUGGCGCCUCUGCCCCGCAGCGCCUACUGGCAGCACAUCACGCGUCAGCACAGCGCGGGGCAGCUCUGCCGCCUGCAAGAUGUUGCCAGCCCUCUGAAGCUUCAUCGAACAGAGACUUUUCCUGCCUACCGAUCUGAGCACUGACACGAGCUGCCCAGAGUGGUUGUGGGACGCACCUGGGAUGUGUCAGCCACCGCAGAUCCUCGAGGCGGCAGGAUGACAGCGAGGGAAACCACGAAGGAAAGAAUCUCAAAGUCCCCGGCUGAUCGUGUGGUCAUUGGGAAACGGCAAUGCAAUAUUUGUCCUUUUCUUUCUUUCUUUUUUCUUUUUUUAAAAAAUCUUAGCGUGAUUGAAACAUGCUCUAUAGAUUUCGACUUCUCUUGCCCCCUUUUACAGCUGGACAGGAAGGAGUCAAUGCCGCAAAAUGAUUUUCUAUCGUAGGUACUGUGUCCCUUCCACUUCCUCUGAAUCUAUCCUUUUGUGGAUUCUUGUGAUUUCCCUUCUGAGUGUUUCAGUUGUAUGACAGUCGGUACUGACAAUAAAAUGGCUCUUCAUUAUUUGUUAUUUGCUGAUACCGUAUUUCCUCACUUAUUAAUGCUACGGCUCCGGUUAACUACUGGAAGUUAUUUUUUAUUAUAUUACCGACACGUGAAAUCAGCGCUUUGACCUGACUCCUACCUGUGAGGUUAAGAAAUCUCUUCAAAGGGCCCUUUAGCAUUCUCUACGGGGUUAUAAUGUUGCUCUCGCGUGAUCUUCCUCCAGUCACCCACCUCCGUUUUUCAAAAGCCUUUGUUUUAUUUGGAGUACCUUCAUAAAACAUUUUAAAAUAAAA